ACAUGAGACGCUAUCUGACAAACCCCCUGUUGUUUUCUGCCUCUGUUAUAGUGACGUUUUAAAUGCGCCUGCAAGAUAAUUACUUUGCAUACGUGCACAUUUUCUUAAGAGGAAAGAAAACGGUAUGUAAACUGAUCUUUUAUCUGCUAUGGGUCGUAUGCUCGAAUAACCUCAUCGUUCAGGGCGAAGCAAGGCCUACGACUCAGCUGAUUGGUUAUUAAGUCAGAUGUCCCUGUGAUGUGCCAAAGGAUGAAAACCCCUGCUCUUCCACUAUGGUUGUAGAUAGCACCAUGCUAAUAAAAACGGAUAAAACCGGUGAUAAAAGCCAAAAGACUGGGCUCUGCUCAGACUGUGGAUGCAGUUUCAGCCUUCCACAGUCUGACCCUGACCCUGAUUCAACCAGUGCCUCAUCCCCUCCUAAACAGCAGCGUGUGCUGAAAGCAGACAGUCCAUCCAAAUGUCCGUCCUGCGAAGCGGGCACCAGCCUCCUUAAUGGUAGGCGGCCACACCGGCGCAUCCGCCUGGACCCUCACAGCUGCAGCCUGUGCAACAAAACCUUCAUCUCCUCCACCCACUUGACCCUUCACCUCGCCUCUCACAACAAGGAGAGGAAGUUCAGAUGUAGCACCUGUGGCAAGUUCUUCCAUCAGUCCUCCCACCUGAUGGCACACAAGAUAAUCCACAGUGGGGACAGGCCAUUUAAAUGCCCCGAGUGCGGUAAGACCUUUGGCCGUGCCUCUCAUCUGAAGACCCACCGCCGGCUCCACACAGGCGAGAAGCCCUUCAAGUGCACUUACUGUGACAAGUCGUUCACCCAGAAGGCUGGGCUCCUGGCACAUGUACGUCUGCACACUGGGGAGCGGCCAUACAAGUGUGAGCAGUGUGGUGAGGGUUUUCGCUCUUUGUCACUCCUUCUCUCUCACAAGGCUGCAGAGUCCUCUGGGCAGGCCAAACCAGUGUCUGCGCCACCACUAACCCAACCCCAGAAAACACAAGGUAGCCCAGAGGAUCUGAAGUGUGGUGUCUGCUGCCGCACCUUUGUGCGAUCAUCAUACAUCAGGCUGCACAUACGCCUCAAGAAAGGACAGCGACCUUAUCACUGCAAAGUGUGCAACAAGACCUUUGUCAAGCUGGACACGUUUGUGAAUCACUGUGAUAAACACUUGAGGCAGAAAAAGGAUAAAAGCAAGGAAACUAAAGUCAAAGUUGUCAAACCUCCUUUGUUUGUUCCACUCUCCAGGCCUCCUUCUCCUGAAUCCUUACCUCCUCAGCCUUUAUCCUCAGAGGUCAACACACGCUCCAGAUCAAAAGCAAAGAGUAAAACAGAGCAAUGACCAAGACGAGAGCACCCAC